CUUGCACGUGUGUUUUGAGAAAUGUGGACAUUCCUCUAACUUGUACUGUUAUUAUAAAACAAUUUACAAGUUGUGUUGUUGCAUUAGCUCGAAAUGGGAAAAUUAAAUGUUGUAAUCUUGAGGUAUCUUUCUCGAGAUGACUUCCGUGUUCUCACAGCGGCUGAGAUGGGGAUGAAGAACCACGAGAUUGUCCCAGUGAGUCUCCUGGCUUCCAUCGCUAACCUUAAACAUGGUGGCUGCAACAAGAUCCUCAGAGAGCUUGUAAAACACAAACUUAUUGCCUACGAACGCACAAAGACGGUGCAGGGCUACAGACUGAACUAUGGUGGAUAUGAUUACCUUGCCCUGAAGACCUUGUGCUCCAGAGAAGUACUGAUCGCUGUUGGCAACCAGAUGGGUGUGGGGAAAGAGUCAGAUAUAUACAUCGUGGCGAGUCCAGAAGGGGAGCAGUAUGCGCUAAAGCUUCACAGAUUGGGACGAACCUCUUUCAGGAACCUCAAGAACAAGAGAGACUACCACAAACACCGGAAGAACAUCUCGUGGCUCUACCUCUCUCGUCUCUCUGCCAUGAAAGAGUUUGCCUAUAUGAAGGCAUUGUAUGACCGAGGUUUUCCUGUGCCAAAGCCUGUAGACUACAACAGACAUGCUGUGGUGAUGGAACUCAUCAAUGGUUAUCCGCUAUGUCAGGUGCGUGAACUGCAGGACCCACCUGCUCUUUACAAUGAGGUCAUGGAGCUUAUUGUCAAAUUGGCCAAUCACGGCCUGAUUCACGGAGACUUUAAUGAGUUCAACCUGAUGUUGGAUGACCAAGAUCAUGUGACCAUGAUUGACUUCCCUCAAAUGGUUUCGACCUCUCACCCCAAUGCUGAAUGGUAUUUUGACCGAGAUGUCAAAUGCAUCAGAGAUUUCUUUGCAAAACGAUUCAAUUACGAGAGUGAGCUCUACCCAACCUUCAAAGACAUUAGGCGGUCUGUCUCUCUAGAUGUAGAAAUCUCAGCCAGUGGUUUUACCAAAGACCUGGAGAGAGACGCAGCUUUGCUACACCCAGAUGGACCUGAGGGAGAGGACAGUGAAGAAGAGCAGGGCGAUGAUGAAAGAGAGGAUGAAGAGGCAAGAGGAGAGAAAGGGGAAAUGGAGAGUGUGGACGUGGAUGAAUACAAUUAUGCAAUGCUGGAGCUUGAGGGCCUAAAAGUCAGCGACCCAAAGACAGACACACAGGAUGAAGAGGAAGUGAAUGAAAUAGGGGAAGAAGACCAGAAAGGCACUGAAACUGCACCCAUCGCUGGAAGAGAUGAAGAGGGGGAGAGAGACUUGAAGGAAGAGGUGGACGUGUGUCCAGAAUUGGUAGACCUGUCUGCUUCCAACAGAGAGUUCAAACCCUUCAGAGACUCAGACAGCCUUCCACAUGUGAUGGAACACAGGAAGAGGACAGACAGUGAGGCUACUAUGGGCAGUGUGGGGAGCUGCUCCACCAUACCGCCUGAGGUGGUGCGUCAGAAGGUGCGAACGCAGCUGAGCAAACAGCAGAAAGCAGCUCAGAGGAGACGUCUGCAGAAGGGUGAAGCCAACCUGGUGACCAAAGCCAGGAGGGAGACCCAGCAUAACAUCAGUUCCAGUUUAGAGAGUGCCUCCUUCUGGGGAUAAAUGGGACUGCAUGGGACUGGGCACAAGUGCAGGAAAGGAAUGCAUUUCAACAGAGGCUUUACCUGCUUGGAGUCUCUUUUACUUCGUACUUUGGUUUCUCCGCAACACUGAUGAAAGGGUGAGAGGCAGAACAUAGCCUACAGUAGGAAAUAUCAGAAUCAAUGUGGAAAAGAGAUCUUUUACUGCACAUGGCUCUGCUCAGAUGAGCCCCAUGCAGUUAAUUGAGAAUUUCUCUGUGGUUGAUCAGCAAUGAACUGUGAUGCUGAGCAUUAAUUAUGUACGUAACUGUUAUGGAUACUAAUCAGGCUGUACGAUUGACAAUAAAGCCUUUUAAAAGUUAAACAACAAUUGUAACACACCAUAUCAGAUACUAUGUAAUUUACUGCUAUGUUUGUUAUCUCCCAGUGUCAUUCUGUAUUCACAGUAUAAAGACUAAGUUUGGGUGUAUUUUCAAGGUUCACCAUAAUGUGUAGGUGCAUGCUAUACCCUUCAUCGCUGCUAAAUUCUUUAGGUUCUGAGCAGUUAAACAAGCAUUUGAAUGGACUGCCACAUCCGCCUCUUGGCAAUCAAUCAACAUAGACAGAGAUGCGUAUACACAAGUUGGAACAGACAUGCUCCAAGACGCACAAACCAUUAAAAGGUUCAGUUUUUACUUCCUUUUGCCCGGAUGUUAAUGUGUUGACGCACAUACCUAUUUACUAUUUACUUGUUUUCACUGACAUGCGUCUAUCUGUGUGUAAUAAGGCAUAUAUCAUGCAAAAAGGGGGGACUGGGAGCUGAGAAAGUACUGCUUAGUAUUUUGUUCAUUAAUGUGUAAGAGGCUUUCAUGGCAUGAGUGAAUUCAGACUUGAACAAUGGCCAUUCAUAUGAAGUGGGUGAAUGGCGCUCAGACCCUGGGCUCAGCAGGCUCAGAUGAGUGUGUGAAGUCAGUAUCCAUCCAGCCCACCCCCCAUCUUGCUACUUUCAAUCACCACAUGCUCAGACAAGGAAUGUUGCAUGUAGGACUGAGAGCUGGAUG